GGGCCAUGGCCGAGGGCGGCGGGGGCGCGCGGAGGAGGGCGCCGGCGCUGCUGGAGGCGGCCCGCGCGCGCUACGAGAGCCUGCACAUCUCGGACGACGUGUUUGGCGAGUCGGGCCCCGACAGCGGCGGGAACCCCUUCUACAGCACCUCGGCCGCCUCGCACUCCUCCUCGGCCGCCUCUUCGGACGACGAGCACGAGCGCCCCGGGCCCCCGCGGGCCGCCGCCACGCAGGAGCCGGAGGAGGACGAGGCUGGCGCGGACUGGAGCUCCGCGCUGCGGGACCGUGCACCCCCGCGCUUCGAGGACACUGGUGGUCCAACCCGAAAGAUGCCGCCCGGCGCCAGUGCCAUGGACUUCUUCCAGCUCUUUGUCCCCGACAAUGUCCUCGGGGCCAUGGUGGUGCAGACGAACAUGUAUGCCAAGAAGUUCCAGGAGCGCUUCGGCAGUGACGGCGCCUGGGCAGAGGUGACCCUGGCGGAGAUGAAGGCCUUCCUGGGCUACAUGAUCUCCACCAGCAUCUCGCACUGCGAGUCUGUCCUCAGCAUCUGGAGCGGUGGCUUCUACGGCAACAGCAGCCUGGCGCUCGUCAUGAGCCAGGCCCGCUUCGAGAAGAUCCUCAAGUACUUCCACGUCGUGGCCUUCCGUUCCAGCCAGACCACGCAUGGCCUCUACAAGGUCCAGCCCUUCCUUGACUCUUUGCAGAACGGCUUCGAUGCCGCCUUCAAGCCGUCCCAAACCCAGGUGCUACAUGAACCCCUGAUAGACGAGGACCCUGUGUUCAUUGCCACGUGCACGGAGCGAGAACUGCGGAAGAGGAAAAAGCGGAAGUUCAGCCUCUGGGUCAGGCAGUGCUCUUCCACUGGCUUCAUCAUCCAGAUUCACGUCCACCUGAAGGAAGGUGGAGGCCCAGAUGGGCUGGAUGCGCUGAAGAAUAAGCCCCAGCUACACAGCACGGUGGCCAGGAGCCUGUGCCGGAACGCGGCCGGCAAGAACUACAUCAUGUUCACGGGGCCCAGCAUCAGCAGCCUGACCCUGUUUGAAGAGUUCGAAAAGCAAGGGAUUUUCUGCUGCGGUCUGCUGAGCCCCAGGAAGAGCGACUGCACAGGCCUGCCGCUGUCCAUGCUGACGAACCCGGCCAUGCCGCCGGCCCGGGGCCAGCACCGGAUCAGGACCAAGGGGAACAUGUCUCUGAUCUGCUGGUACAACAAAGGCUACUUCCGCUUCUUGACCAACGCCUACUCGCCCGUGCAGCAAGGAGUGAUCAUCAAGAGGAAGAGUGUAGAGAUCCCCUGUCCCUUGGCGGUGGAGGCGUUUGCUGCUCACCUGAGCUACAUCUGCAAAUAUGACGACAAGUACAGCAAGUAUUUCAUUUCUCAUAAACCAAACAAGACAUGGCAGCAGGUAUUCUGGUUCGCCGUCAGCAUUGCUGUCAACAACGCCUACAUCCUGUACAAGAUGUCGGACGCCUACCACGUGAAGAGGUACAGCCGGGCGCAGUUUGGCGAGAGACUUGUGAGGGAGCUGCUGGGCCUGGAGGACACCUCUCCCACCCACUGAUGCCAGGCUGGGCCAGGCUUAGGUAAGGACCAGGUGCAGGGAGGGGAGAGGAGGGAGGAGCCUGCUGCCCUGCCCAGCCCAGCCAGAACCCUGGAGAUCCCUGGUGUGGCCACAGCCAGGAGGGGCGCCUGAGGCCUCCGCAGGGAGCAGAUGGACCUGGUCAGAGGAGGCUGCUGUCCAGGUUUCCAUUCAAAGAAGAGCACGUCCCCCUGUGGGAAGGGACACCCACCUCGUGGGGAUGCUCUGCAGUGACGGGGUGCCACACCCGGACUCUACAUGCCACCAGUGCUACUGUCCGUCCUGUUCGGGUCAGCAGGGCACUCCAUCGUCACUGCCCGCUGUGGAGCCAGGAGGAGAGCUCAGCUCUCAGCACCGGGACCUGGCAAGGCUGUUGCCACCGAAGGUGCCAGGGGUAGGACGAGCCACAGCAUGUUCUGCUAGAAAUGCCUGCUUUGUGAAGACGUAAGGACAUUUGUGACAUGGUUCACUUCUGUGCCAUGUCUACAGGUGACCAAAGCCAGUAAAGAUUGGCUCUGUCCCAUUACGAUUGUGUAGGAGACCAGAGGGUUUUCCAGAAUUUCCUCGUGCAGGCAGCUUAGAACAGGUGCCGUGGAAGAAGAAACACGAGUGGGUGCCAUUAAGUGCACUGCUGAGUGGGGGCGCGGUUGCCCGUUCUGACUAAUGAACGCGCUUUCCUGCCCACAUCAUCUGUUUGGCUGGCGGGCUGGGGAGGAAGGGGAAGUGCCAACAGAGUUGCAGUGAAUUGUGAUGCUGUUUUUUAUUUUUAAAUAUAUCUUCAGGUUAUUUUCUUACUGUUGCUUAAGAUCUUCUGUAAAAGGAAAAUGUGUCCCUUCUCUCCCCCCCUCCUUGCCUCACCCCAGUCGUGGCUCCUUGCAUGAUCACGGUUCCGUGUUCUGGGCCCUGUGCCUGUGCCGGGGCUGGAGAGGGCAGCUCGUUUCCAGAACAAACGUGGUUGCAUUUCAUCAAGGACCUUUCGCUUUGUCAGAGACAUGAUCAUUGA